AAAAACAGAGUCCGCACUUUGGCACUUUGGGUUGAGUUGUAACAUCAUCUUCGUCACGCGGAGAUAGAUAUUAUUGUUACAUGUUUAGUCCACACGCUUUAUGGAAAUGCUAAUUCAAAAUAGUUUCACAUUUGUCAUAUUAAUUCUCAUUUUUAACUUCACCUUGCCUUCUUCUUUCUUUUCAUAUCUCAAACUCUUGUUAUGGCUAUGGAAUCAUCCCAUUCUUCUUCCUCUUCAUUUUCCUAUGGAUUCUCCUACCACGUGUUCAUCAGUUUUAGAGGCAGUGACACUCGCCACGGUUUUACCGGCAAUCUUUACAAGGCUCUCAUGGACAAGGGAAUUCACACCUUCAUUGAUGACAAUGAUCUUGAAAGAGGAGAUGAAAUCACAACAUCACUUAUCAAGACUAUUGAAAAUUCUAGAAUUUUCAUUCCAGUGUUUUCUAUCAAUUAUGCUUCUUCUUCAUUUUGUUUGGACGAACUUGUUCACAUCAUUAACUGCUUUAAGGAAAAGAGUCGUUCAGUUUUGCCUAUUUUCUACGACGUGGAUCCAACUGACGUGCGAUAUCAGACUGGUAGUUACGGCGAAGAACUAACAAAGCAUGAAGAACGGUUACAAGACGACAAGGAAAGGUUAAAGCAAUGGAAGUUGGCUCUUAAUCAAGCAGCUAAUUUGUCUGGCUUUCAUUUUAUUUCUGGGCAAGGAUAUGAAUACAAAUUUAUUGUGGAGAUAGUAGAAUGCAUCUCCAAAAAGAUCAAUCGCAUUCCUUUACAUGUUGCCGAUUACCCUGUUGGAUUACAGUCUCAAUUACAACAAGUUAAAUUGCUUCUCGAUGAGGAAUCUGAUGAAAAGGUCCACGUGGUUGGACUUUAUAGUACUGGAGGCAUGGGCAAAUCAACACUUGCUAAAGCAAUUUAUAAUUUUGUUGCUGAUCAAUUUGAUGGUUUAUGUUUUCUUGAUAAUGUGAGAGAUAAUUCAACUCAAAAUAACUUGAAACAUCUCCAAGAAGAGCUCCUUUUAAAAACAAUUGGAUUGGAUACAAAGUUGGGAAGUGUUAGUUAUGGAAUUCCAAUCAUAAAAGAAAGGCUUCAGAGAAAGAAGAUUCUUUUGAUUCUUGAUGAUGUUGACAAACCAGAGCAGUUGCAGGCUUUGACUGGAGAACGUGAUUGGUUUGGUCAUGGCAGCCGAGUCAUCAUUACUACUCGAGACAAACACUUACUCACAAGUCAUGAGAUAAAAAGCACAUAUGAAGUAAAAGGAUUAAAUGAGAAAGAUGCUCUUGAAUUAUUGAGAUGGAUGGCUUUUAAAAAUAAUACCAUUCAUCCAAGUUAUGAAGAUAUUUUAAAUCGUGUGGUAACUUAUGCUUUUGGCCUUCCAUUGGCUUUAGAAGUAGUGGGUUCCAAUUUGUAUAGAAAAGAUAUACAAGAAUGGAAAUCUUUACUAGAUGAGUAUGAAAGGAUUCCAAAUAAAGAUAUCCAAGAGAUACUUUUAGUAAGCUAUAAUAAUUUAAGUGAAUAUCAGCAGAAUGUUUUUCUUGACAUUGCAUGUUGCUUCAAAGGAUAUUGCUUGAAAGAGGUUGAAAAUAUAUUAUCUGCUCAUUAUGGUUUCUGCAUGAAAUAUCAAAUUGGACUGUUAGUUGAUAAAUCUCUCGUUAAGACUAAUAUGUUCAAUUAUGUGGCAUUACAUAACUUGAUUGAGAUCAUGGGAAAAGAAAUUGUUCGAAAAGAAUCAGUCAUAGAGCUUGGAGAACGCAAUAGGUUAUGGUUCUACAAAGAUAUUGUUCAUGUUUUAACAGAAAAUACGCAACUGCAUGAAGCCGGAGAAACCGCUGUUUGUUUUCCGUCGAUAGGAGAUGAGAUGAUUCCAAAUUGGUUUGAGCACCAAAGCAAAGGAGGGAUAUCUUUUUGGUUUCGUAACAGGAUUCCUUCAUUUGCAAUUUUCGUAUCUACUAAGAAGGAAUAUGGAUGCAUUUAUCCGCCCGUUGAAUUAGUAACAUUAGAUAUGAGACUGUUAGUUAAUGACUAUGAAUGGAAACCGCUCUAA